UGUUUUGACUUGAGACUGUGUGGGAUUUGGACUUGAGACUGUGUGGGACUUGAGACUGUGUGGGACUUGAGCUUGUGUAGGACUUGAGAUUGUGUGGGACUUGAGAUUAUGUGGGACUUGACUGUGUGGGACUUAAGAUUGUGUGGGACAAUAUUUGAAUAUUUAUAGUAUCAUUGCAUAUGUUUUAUACCUGUUGUAUAUAUUUGCCAUGGGGCUGUGAUCGUUUAAAAAAGACUGUGUUUAGGAUGGAAUUUAUGGCUUUGAUAAAGAAAGGAGAACAGGAUGGGUGACGACAAUGAUGGGGCGUUGAGCUGUGAAGGGAAUCCUACAGGUACACACACUGAUGUGGUGGUGGUGUCGUAUGACAGAUAGUCGUCUGUCCUGUGUCCCCCACAGUACUACUGACCACCACAGCACUCCCAGUGGUCAGAAACUGACCAGUCUGCUGGACACAUCUCAGUGACUGGACACUCCUGUAAAGGCAGAACUAGGGAAUACAUAGAGGAUACAGGAAUACAAGAUGUAUACAAGGAAUUUCAAUCAGCUGUGUGUAUCGUAUUUCUAAACAGGUAUUGCUUACCAGUAGCUUUAUAUAUACAGGUAUCUCGCUGUGGUCAUUACAAAUCUGACCAUUUAAAUUGUUGGAGCUGAAGACUUGUUCAACCUUGAGGUUUCAUCUUUGUCAGAAAAAGAAUUUUGUGUGUAGUGAAAAACUGAAGGUGACCUGUGUGGUAACAAUGCUGGGUGCAUCUUGACAGGAAGUAAAAUAUAAAUCUACCUUGAGCAGAGGACAAUUAGCUAUACCUGACAGGUAAGGUACCAGGAAUACCUGUACUGACUAAUUGGAUUAAGUUACAUUUAACGAGUCUCUAUCAGGAUAUUUAUGUAUAGACAGAGAAACACUGUUCACCUAGAACGUACCCUGGUGACCAUCGUACCCUGGUGACCAUCCUUGGAUUCAGGCCACGUAUCGUUACGGAUUAUCCUCUUGACCGAGACCAUUGUCCAGAGGCCAAUCACUGGUGAUGUUGCUUCACCCAACAGUGUCUAAUGGUCCUAAGCCCCCAGAUGGAAACAAGAAAUUCAGUGAGGUUCACGUCUGAUCGACCGGAACGUUUUUGUUAGGAUUAUGUGCCAUGUUCUUCUUUCGGUUUCACAAACUAUUCACGGUCUCCGAGAGUGUGCUUGAGACUUUUACCACAUAACCUGUGUUGGUGUGGGUCAGUUUGAACAAAGUAUCUCCCAAACAACCUCAUCUUCUGUGCGAACAUGAGACUUUAAAUCACGGACAAAUUUUACUUGGAUAUUAAAUUUAUCUGAUCAACUUAGAAAGGAUUUACCUUUGGAAAGUUGAUGAUCACACAGCGAUUGUACAAGUUUCUGUUCAGACAAACUUUGUUUUUAAGUGAAAACUUUUGUUUUACAGUUAGCCUGAUAGUGAAGUACACGUCACAUCACCUACAUGUAUUAUGAUACUGAUUGAGAGCCUGUAGCCGAAGUGUUUACCUACCGAUAGGUAGCCAGUGUGAAUAGAGCCCUCAACACUGUUGACUUGUAUGUUGAUAGUCUGCCCAAUUUGAGAGACGUUUCUGAUUUAAUGAGAGCUAUGAGUUACACACAGAUGGAAGUAGAGGAUCUCAAAACAGCAUCUGCAGUAUCUGAUCGCUGCGGGGAUAAGCAGCCCUAAUGGAAAUGAAAGUUUAACACAGUAAUCUUGAGAGUUUUUCCUUUCAAAAGUGGCGGAUGUCAAUUUCUUCUGGAUGUGUUCUUGGUGAAUUGAUUUUAAUAUCACGAUUAUUGUUAAGUGAGAAGAAAAAAUCUGUCUGGGAUACUGCAUCUUCUGCAGAAACUUAGCUUUGAUUCGGUGGAAGUUUAUUUAUGAAAAAGUGAAAUGUGAUCGCUUGAGCUGGGGUUUUUUUUGCAAUUACAGACAAAAUUUUAUCUGUGAAGAUUGUCCUGCAUAGACUUCAGUUAUAGAGAAAAUAGUACUGAAAACCAGUUUGCAUUUAACAAGAUAUGAAGUUAUGUGAUGGAGUUUUCAGUGAGUGUAUUUAUAACGGGUCCUACCUAGGGAUGGUAUGCGUGUGGAUGUCGUGUUUUAGACGGAAGACAACACAGUUUUAGCCUCUGGGAUUACCUGGAAUAAUUAAUGUGCUACUCCUUCAUACACAAAUUGUUUCUUAAAUUUGAAAUGAAUUCAACCUAAAGAGGAUCAAGGAAUGAGAUCAGUGAAGUGAAUCUGACCAUGGCCACAACUAUCACUCGUAAAUUUAGCCCCAGGCACAAGACAAAUCCUGCAAAUUUGAAUCACACCAAAAGGUUACGACGGGCACGAUCGGAAACUGAGGUCCAGUCUGAGAAAGCAUGGCUGGAGGCCGAGAAAGUUUGGCUCGUCCACAAGGGGGGUUUUGCAUCAGCCUGUGUCCUCCGUGCCAAUGGCAUGUCCCCUCUUCCGGAGGGGCGUGUCCGCAUCAAACUGGACCAUGGUGGCGACAUCCUCGAGGUGGACGAGGAUGAUGUUGAAAAGGCGAACCCUCCACAGUUUGACCGAGCUGAGGACCUAGCAUCAUUACGAUACCUGAAUGAGUCCAGCGCCCUGCACUCCUUCCGUCAGAGGUAUGGAGGGAACCUCAUCCACACAUACGCAGGGAAGUGUAUGAUCGUGGUGAACCCCAUGCAUCCGAUGGCCAUCUACUCGGAGAAGGUGAUACAGGUAUUCCGCGGGUGUAAACAAGAAGACAUGCCUCCCCACAUCUACGCCACCGGACAGAUCGCUUACCGCGAGAUGCUGAACUCUCGUAACGAUCAGUCGAUAGUGUUCAUGGGGCGUAGUGGUAGCGGUAAAACUACUAACGAGCGACACGUUCUCCACUACCUGGUGGCCUCUGCUGGGAGUGUCAACAACAUUCUAACAGUGGAUAAAUUACAUGCCGUGUCCACUCUGCUGGAGGCCUUUGGUAACAGUAGAACUAUACUUAACACAAAUGCCAGUCGAUAUUCCCAGCUGACCACACUAGACUUUGACCAUUCCGGACAGAUCACCUCAGGUUCUGUACAGAUAUUUUUGUUUGAGAAGACACGUGUUGUGCGUCGACCUGAGGGGGAGCCAAGUUUCCAUGUGUUCUACCAGAUGUUAGCAGGGAUAGACUCAACAUUGAGGAAUGAACUUCAUCUGAAUUCAUUGAACGAGCCGAACCUGUUUAUGACACCAUUACAGAGGUCAGAGGACAGGCAGCGAGCGUCGAGUGCCUGGGCCAAAAUCUACAACGCCAUGGACCUGGUGGGCGUCAGCGAUGAGGAGAGAAAAGCUUUGUGUUUUGUGUUAGCUGCUAUAUACCACCUUGGUGUGGCCGGGGCCGUUUGGGGUAUGUGUCUUACUUUGUGUUUUGUGUUAGCUGCUAUAUACCACCUUGGUGUGGCCGGGGCCGUCAGGGGCCAGAACAAUAAACCACAGUUCGCCCGACCGGCAGCCGCCCAGAAGGCCGCGGCAUUGCUAGGGUUACCUGUGGAGGAACUCUCCAGACAAAUCUUUUCCAGUGCUGGGUCGGGGACGUUGACGCGCAACACCUCUGUCAGAAACAGUCCAGCAGACAAAGGAGCCAACGAGGCUCACCAGAGUGCUAUGGACGCUCUCGAGGGCUUCGUCAUAGGUCUCUACUCCGACGUGUUCAAUGCACUCGUGUCCCUUAUCAACAGAUCUCUCUCGUCCACGUACCGAACAACCGCGUCUAUUACCCUGGUGGAUACGCCCGGGUUCCAAAAUCCCACAACCUGUGGACGCCAGUCGGGUGCGACUUUUGAGGACCUCUGUCACAACUACACGCAGGAACGGCUUCAACUGCUGUUCCAUGAUCUCACCUUUACCAUACAACAGGACAGGUAUAGUCAGGAAAACAUUGACUGCGACUUUGAGUUUGUUACGACCAGUCCUGCAGCCAUGGUUUCUCUAAUAGACAGACAGGCCCAGCAGCUACUGCCUCAUGGGCGCCCCAGUGCUACUAAACACCACAGUGGCAUCGCCCACCACCACCACAGUGGCCCUACCCAUCACAGUGGUGGCCAUCACGGUGGCUCAGCCACUGUCGGUGACAUCAGUAAAGCUGAGCACGCUCACUCAGCCAUGGACGAGCGAACCUCCUCACAAGAUCUCAAAGACGCUGAUAAAAAAGGGUUGUUAUGGAUAUUAGAUGAAGAAGCCAUCUUCCCUGGGGCCACAGAAGACUCAUUUAUGGACAGAUUCUUCAAAAACCAUGGCGAACAAAAAGUCAGAAGAGACAGCCUUCUGAGGAAAGCUUCGUCGAUAGGCAACACAUUCAUCUUAAACCAUUACCAGGGCACUAACCCCGUACAGUACAAUGCUAGUGGUUGGCUCAAGGUGUGUCGGGAGAACCCACAGAUCAAGGUGGCCACCCAGGUGCUACAGGACUCCAAAAAACAGAGUAUAAACCAGCUGUUUAACAACGUGAAGGCUCCGGUUGCGGGGAUGGUGAGUGGCUCCAUCGUAGGGAUGGAAGGUACCACCUCUCUGCGUCGGGUCGGCAGCAUGAGGAGAACGUUCAUGUCAGGCACCGCCGGGAUCAAGAAACGCUCCCUGUGUCUCCAGGUCAAGUUCCAAGUGGACUCCAUCAUAGAGACAAUUAGGAAAACCAACUGUCACUUCGUCCACAAUGUCCUACCACAACACAACGCAGGACUGUGGGAGCUUAAACCCCUCCCGUCACCAACAGAUAAACCAGGCACAGCUGAGGAGAUUCUCAUGAAUGUACCACUAGUACGCAGUCAGAUCAGGGGCAGCGAGGUGCUUGACUCAGUUAGGAUAUACAGACAAGGGUUCCCAGAUUCUAUGAGGAUGUUGGAGUUCCGCCACAGAUUCGAGGGGCUUCUCAACCCGACAAGUCGACCAGCCCCUGACAUGGAGGAGAAAUUGGCUGUGAAUACAAUUCUGGAUCACUUGGAAAUCGAGAAACUUAACUACAGAGUCGGACUUAGUCAGGUGUUCUUCCGGGCAGGUGCUCUGAAUCAGUUGGAGGCUGCACGCGACGAGAAGAUCACUGGUACCGUGAUUGGGCUGCAGGCCUGUUGUCGGGGCUACCUGGGCAGGAAGUACCUAGGAAAGUUACGGGUAAAACACAUCGCCAUCAGCUGUAUCCAGAAAAAUAUACGCAAGUUGAUGUUGAUACGUGAUUGGCCUUGGUGGAGGUUAUAUACCAAAGUCAAGCCCCUUCUGGAUGUUCACCGGACAGAAGAAGAGCUCAAGUCAAGGGAGUAUGAACUUGAACAAAUGAAGUCGAAGCUGGAGAGGAUCGAGCGUGAGAGGAAUGAAUACAAACAGCAGAGCGAAAAACUGGAGAAUAGGCUGGCAGAGGCGACGGCAGACCUAGCAGAAGAACACUCAGCAGCCAUACAGUCCUCAGAGAUGCUGGACGCUGAGACAUCUGAGAGGAUGAGGCUAGAAAAGGACCUCAAAGAUCUCCAGUCCAAGUACACGGUGCUCAAACGGCAUGGGGAGAAGAUUGAAAUGGAGCUCACACAAGUCCAUCUGUGGCAGGCUCAGUCCCUGGACGGUGAGAUGGAUGGGGAGGACAUGGACGGUGAUAAUUCUAUCUAUAAGGAGAGGUAUGAGAGAAUUCUCAGAGAACUUAAUUUCACCAAGAAACGCAUGAGCAAAGAGCACGAGGAUGAGAUGGAGCUGGAACAGAAUGCCAGGAAGGCUUUGGAAAAGAGGAUUCACGAGGCUAUAGAGGAUGGGGAAGAUCUGAGGCGACAGCUCACAGCAGCCAAGAAAAAGUCGUCCAGGCUCGCCACAGAGAUGCAGGACAUAAAGCUCCACCUGGAGGAACAGAUCACCAGGAACAAUGAACUGGAGCGAAAGCAACGCAGGUUUGACACAGAGCUAAGUAAGGCCAGUGAUGAAAGCAAGGAUGAGCGAAUCAGUCGGGAAAAGUUACAGCGUGAAAAGGACCAACUGACCACUGAGCUGUACACAAAAGAUCAAGAGAUAGAGAGACUUAAACUUGAUCUGGAGUCGCAGACAGACAAGGCGAGUCGUUUGGACCGCGAGCUAUUAGACAUGAGUCUGACAAGUACCAAGGGUACAGAUAAGGAGGUGAUGUCCCUGAAGAAGUCUAAACACGAGAUGGAGAUCAAGUUGAAGGACCAGGAGGAAGAACUUGAUGACCAGGCGGGUCAGAUACAACAAUUAGAACAGACAAAGACAAGGUUAGAGAUGAACCUGGAGCGAUUACGACAGACACACAUCAAGGAAUUAGAGGAAAAGGAGGAGGAGAUGCAGGAAAAUAGAUACGCCACGCAGAAAAAGCUAAAACACAUGGAGAGCCAGAUGGAAGAGGAAUAUGAGGACAAGAAACGAAUGCAGACAGAAAAACGAGACAUAGAGAGACAGCUUCAGGAGAUCAACGCAAGCAAGUUACACCAAGACAAAGAUGGAGAGAAACGUGUGAGACUAGAGCUGAGGAAGACUAAGGCCUUGCUCCGUGAUGCUGAGACGGUCCUUCAAAAGAUGAGGGGCUCGGAGGGAACCAAAACAAUCAUCAAACAGCUUAGGAACAGGCUUGAAGAUUCAGAAUUUGCUGCAGCAACAGCCGUCAAAGCCAAAAAGACGAUGGAGCUAGAGAUACAGGAUCUUCAACAACAGCUGGACGAUCUGUUCAAAACCAAAACAGAGGGAGACAACAAAGCCAUGGUGCUGAUGAGAGAGAAGUCAGACUUACAGAGCCAGCUCGAGGAGAAUGAGGAAGACAUGAAUGAUGUCAUGAAAAAAUACAAAGCCAUCGUACACCAACAAUCGGUGGACCAGGUAACGGUAUCCGACCAACUUCAACAGAUCGAUGAACUGUCAACAGAAAGGGAAAAACUAAGACUGGAGGUGGCUGAACUUCAAAUGAAGGUCCAAGGGUUUGAGGACACAAGUGUGGACAAGAACACAGUACAACGACUGGAGAGUAAGAUACGUGACCUUGAAAACAGACUUGACCUUGAGCAGACAGCUAAACACAGAGUAGAGGUUCAGUUGACUCGUACCAAAGAGGCUUUUGAUAAAUCUUUGGAGGAGAAGCGACUUGCAACAACAUCAAAACAACAGAUUGACGAGAAUCUGAAGAGAACACAGCGCCAGCUUCGUGACCAACGUGAGGAGUUUUCUGAUGCACAGAAACGUGAAUUAGAGAGCUCGCAAAAGAGCAAGGAACUGGAGAACAAGGUAUCUGAGCUUGAGUCUGACCACGAACAGAACCAGUCUGAUCUCAAACUCGCCUUCAAGAGAAUAGCGGACCUACAGGCGGCUCUAGAGGAGGACCUGGACAGUGGCGACAGCCUCCUCGGCUCGGAUGAUGAUGAGGAUUCCGAUGCUGAUUCUGAUCUAGAUUCCAUGUAUUUAACCAAUCACAGGCCUCCGUCAUUAAUACGUCACCAUGGUCUUGGCAGUCCACGUUCCAGUUCUCAUUCCGCAGCCAGUAGUUUAGGCAGUCCCAGGUCACCUAGUGUGUCCGAGUCGUCAAGUCAUGCGUGACAGUAACUAAGGGAGUCUGAGGGCUAUGUGCAAACCUUCCAGCUUCAUCUCAGCUUGAGUGAAGUGGAAGAAUUCAAAGGUCAGCACAGGUCAAGGGUCAAUCUCCUCAAGGUUACCUGCUUGUGGAUAUAAAAUAGUUCCUGACCUGGACAUGGAAAAUGGCUACUUAACUGUGAUAUAGAGAUGAUCUAAUGGACGGGUAGAUAUUUUACCUGGCUCUAGUAUUUGAUGUCACCGUGGAUGAUACCUGUAAGUGCUCCGUCUAAUAAACAGACAGGAAGUCAUGUGAUACAGACUUAACAUCUGUGAUUGGUCAAGAUUUACCUGCAAACUUCUUGACUAAUGAUUGUCAAAAUUAUGAGUGAGAUUUGGAUUUAUUGCAAAAGUUGUAACUCCUGAAGUGGGGUUACUUGCCUGUAAAGUGAACAAUUACCUGGAUAAGGUGAUUACCUGGAUAAAAUGUUAACCUGCAUAAGGUGUUUACCUGCACAGUAAACUACCUGGAAUAGAAGAUUAGCAGGAAAGUUUCAACCACUCUUGGCAUGGGAAAAUCCCAUGUUAAAUACCACAGCCACAAUAAAUUGCUUUCACAUGGACAUUAGUCCUUCUAACGGAUCAUCUACGAGUCAAUGUCUGUGUGGCGUUACUCAUGUCUACUUACACAAUGUUAACAUAUCUGUCAAAUCCUGCCAGGUAGGACACCAACUCGUGAUCGGUCCACUCCAGGAGCUGAAGGAAGACAUUUCGUCAGGACAUGGUAGACCAGAAAUAGCAUAUGCAAGUCCUUUAUCUGUGUUCAAGGAUUUCUUGUCUUGCCCUGUCUAUCAACUUUAGGAGGUUUCUUCUUAUCCAGUGGGUUUGAAACACCCCAACAAUAAGAGAUUCAUUUUGCAUAACUGCUUUUAGGAUAUAACAUUUAGCAAUUAUUUAAGAUUCCCCUUUUAAAUACCAGGGGUUUUUACAACAAUGUGCCUUCCUUAAGCACAAAAACUUGCCGUUCUCCCUGAAGGUUGUUACCUUCCUGUAGUAGUGACCUUCCUGUGGACAGGCUGUGGACAGAAAAGAUUUCCAGGGAGCCAUGUUUCUGGCAUCUGUUUUGCCAAAUUUACUAUUUGUGUAGAACAUGUACUAUGAUCUCGAUGUGACAUGUAAUGUGUGGGCUCUUAGAGUCUGUGGCCUGUAGUAUCACGUGACUAACAGUAAGUGCUAUAGAGAAUUGUAAGUUUAGGUUGUAGUUGACUUGGGACCAAUCUGUUUCCUAAGCAUCUUACCUGUUGCAUGUUUUAGUUAGAUAGUUCAUGUUUUACUGUCAACCAAUAGUUCAAAUAAUAUAUGAAGUUAACUAUGAAGUUGUCUAAUCCAAAAAAAUCAAAUAUAGUCUAAAAGAAGUUACCAAAAUAUUUGUUUAAUAAUGAAGAAAAAAUAUAAUUAUCAUGAUGGAUGACAUGUGUUUAAACAUAAUCCCAAUGUAAUGGUUUGUACCAGAUAUAAUGGUAUUUACCAGUGUAAUGGUUGUACCAGAUAUAAUGGUAUUUACCAGUGUUGGGGUUUGUACCAGAUAUAAUGGUAUUUGUCAGUGUAAUGGUUUGUACCAGAUAUAAUGGUAUUUGUCAGUGUAAUGGUUUGUACCAGAUAUAAUGGUAUUUACCAGUGUAAUGGUUGUACCAGAUAAAUGGUAUUUACCAGUAUAAUGGUUUGUACCAGAUAUAAUGGUAUUUAUCAGUGUUGGGGUUUGUACCAGAUAUAAUGGUAUUUAUCAGUGUAAUGGUUGUACCAGAUAUAAUGGUAUUUACCAGUGUAAUGGUUGUACCAGAUAUAAUGGUAUUUACCAGGGUAAGGGUUGUA